GAAAAACCAAAUCUCACGCCUUCACAAUUCCUUCUUUAAAUAUCUUUUUAAAGUCAUUUUUUCUUAUUUCGGGCUCUGCUUCAUCUUCUUCUCAGAUCUAGGGUUUAAACUUAUUUCCAUCGAUCCUUCAUCAAAUCCAUUAAAACCCUACCUAUUUCCCGCCCUUUUUAAACUAGAGAACCUCAGUAAAACUAGCCGUUACCAUUCUACCAUUUUCUCAUCUUCUGAUUCUUUUUUUGAAUUGUACGGUUAUAUUUUUUACUAGAAAUGUCGGUUUUCGCUGAAGCUGAUAAGAAAGUGGAAGAAAAGAUAAUCGAAGAAGAUGUUGAAAAAGGCGGAGAGUUAUUGUUCUGUGGUGGAACCAAUUGGGAUACGUUAGGUCGUAAAGGACCUACUGAUGGAAAUUUGAUUUCUCCUACUCGAUUGAGACCUCUUAUUGGUGUUAACAUUCGUUUUGUUGCUGCUGGUUGUGUAUCUUGCCAUUGUGUUGCAUUGGAUGUUGAAGGUCGUGUUUAUACCUGGGGAAGAAAUGAGAAGGGACAAUUGGGACACGGUGAUAUGAUUCAGCGUGAUAGGCCGACUGUUAUAUCUGGACUAUCAAAGCACAAAAUAAUGAAAGCAGGCGCUGGUAGAGCUCAUACAGUGGUGGUGACUAAUGACGGAAAAUCCUUUGCCUUUGGCUGGAAUAAGCAUGGACAAUGUGGAACAGGUUCAGCAAAGAAUGAGUUCGAGCAAUCUCCAGUUUCUAGUCAAGUUUCUGAAGUCACAAAUGUUGUCUGUGGGGGUGAUUUUACUGUGUGGCUGUCAUCUGUGGAGGGAUCGUCCAUAUUAACUGCAGGUCUUCCACAGUAUGGUCAGUUAGGACAUGGGACAGACAAUGAGUACAAUACGAAAGAUAGCUCUGUGAAGCUUGCUUAUGAAGCCCAACCUCGUCCAAAACCAAUAGCCGCUUUUGCUGGGAAAACUGUUGUCAAAGUUGCAUGUGGAACAAACCAUACAGUUGCUGUGGAUUCGAAGGGUUUUGUUUACACGUGGGGUUAUGGUGGCUAUGGAAGGCUGGGGCAUAGAGAGCAGAAAGAUGAAUGGACUCCUCGUGUUGUGGAUGUCUUCCAAAGGCAGAAUAUUCUACCUCCCAAUGCAGUUGUGGCUGCUGGUGCACUUAACUGUGCUGUCACUGCUGGUGGAGGGCAAAUGUACAUGUGGGGAAAAAUUAAGAGUACAGGCGAUGAUUGGAUGUAUCCGAAGCCUCUUAUGGAUUUAAGCGGCUGGAAUAUCCGUUGCAUGGAUUCAGGCGCCACGCACAAUUUUGUUGGUGCUGAUCAGUCGUGUAUAAGUUGGGGUCAUUCUCAGAACGGAGAGCUUGGAUACGGUCCUAAAGGACCAAAAUCUUCAGCAAAUCCCAAAAAAGUUGAUAGCCUUGAGGGCAUGCAUGUAAUGAGUGUCGCCUGUGGUUCAGCUUAUUCAAUGGUGGUUGUUGAUAGAACAAAUGUUGGUGAUAAGCUUGAUCAGCUUGAUGUUUAUGAUGGCAAAGCUUCUGAAGAAGGGACUGCAGAACCCAAGGCUAAAAGUCCUGCACCAAAGAAAGGUGGUGCUAAAGCUUCAUCCAAUAAGAGGAAGAAGUCUAAAGAUUCGUCAGAUUCUGAUAAUGAGGAUGAUGAGAGUGACGAUGGUGGCAGCGAAAAUGGAUCAGAUGACGAUGAGAACGGUCAUGUAGAAGAAACGAAACGUGGUGGUGGUAGAGGAGGAAGAGGUAAUGGUGCAAAGAAGGCCGUGGCUGGAAAAGGCACUGGACGUGGGCGUGGGCGGCCUCCUUCUGCGGAAAAGAAAAGCACCCAGCCACGCGGGGGAGGAACGGGUGGAAAGAGAGGCAGGCCAAGAAAGUCAUGAGGGCUCCUGCUCCUCUCCUGCCCAACCCAAAAUUUUGCAUCUUCUUUGGAUUUUAACCUAAAAAAGAGAAGCAAAAAACAAUAACAAAUUGUACUAUUAUAUUAGUCUUUGGCUUCAUUCAUUAAGCAGGGUCUAAUUUCCUUGCCUCUCCAAUUUGUUAUGUUUUGGUGCUGUGAAGCAUUCUCUUUAACAAGAUAAUCUUAGGUCAUCUUAAAUCUAACCUGAUUAUCUGAGAAUGUUUCACCCAUGGGUUGGGGCUGGGGAACUCUGUUAGCAGUUGUAAUUUUGUUUUCAAAUCUUCAAUUAAUUCCAGACUAUUAUGUCUUCCAUUAUCAAUGAAAUCUUAACGUUUUCUAAUGAA